UGCGCGGCAACAGAACGGAAGUAGGUGCAGGUGUAAGGUUAGACGAGACAAUUUUGUGUAUCGGACUCGUGGACAUGUCUCCAUCUAUGUCUGCUAGGACAAGGGAGAUUCAAACAGAGAUGAGACAUAGUAUUAGUCUCCCUUAUCAAGAACAAACAACUACCGCAUAAGUUAUAAGUACAUCUUCUAAAAUAUCCUCUACAAACCAAAAGAACAAUGUCAGAGAACCAGCUCGGGAGAUCACGGAACACCAAACUCCGGCUCAUAUUCCGCCUCACCCUCGCGGCCACACCCCACCUGACCUCUCUGUUCCUGGCACAAAACACCGAGCUCACGUGCAUCCACAAGCACGCCUUUCGCGAGCUCACUCAGCUGACCCGGCUUGACCUCCAGGGUACAAAGGUCAGGAGUCUGGCCGCCCUCGCUGACCUUGUGACCCCCGAGAACUCCAAGGACGAGACACUUCCCAUUGUGAAAGCUCGUAGCCUUCUAGUCCCGUGUGACUGUCUGUUUGACGCGCUGGGAUCACACUUUGGAACCAAGCUGUCCUCCAG